CAAGCUGAAGUCGUCUUCGGGUCGUGAUGAUAGAAAGCCUGCAAAAGCUCAGCGGAUUCUCGUCUCUAAAGUACCGAGAUCAUGGUGGCAGAAGUCGGAUCUUGCCCAACCCGAAAAGGAGAUGCACGGGUUCGAACAGGCCUUGCGCUCCGCAUUACUCUCUGAUCUGUGGCUCUCAAAGGAAGCUGCGGUACUUCAGCAGAAGGAAGGCUUUGCCAACCUAAACAGCCAACUGCAAGCCUUCGUCCGGCGGUUCGAUCAAGACUGGGAGCAACUUUCGGACCUGAUCCAGAGCCAGACGACCGACAUCAGAGAAGCCAUCAUCGCCGAUGGAGAUAGAACAAGAGCUUUGGUGGUGGCAAGAAGAAGCGCCCAGGCUACCGCUGCCUAGUGCGAAAAACUUGUGGGCAGCCUAACAUUCUCGACGAUGCUCUCCUGCAAGAGUUGCAUUGCAGACUCCUACGGGGACACGUUCCGACGGAUUUUCGAGGC